UCUACACAUGCAGCGUCUGCUGUCUGUCUGUCUGUCUGUCUAUGUAUCUAUCUGUCAGUCUGUCAAACAUGUGCCAUACUUGAUGAUCGACCUGUCGUUGAUCCUCACGUGGAGGCCACGCAGGCCUCGCAGACGCAGCAGCGAUGUCGACGUCAGAUUGCCCACACUGGCAGCGUCUACAUCCUCCGACACUGCACAGACAAGUGCAAACAAACAAAUACGCACACCCGCUGUCGAUGACGUCGAAACGAUUUCUUCCCUGGCUCACCGCCGGUCAGGCUCAGCUCGAGCUUCUCGAUCUUUGGCAAAUCAGCCGCCCUGUCGCCCCACGUGAUGCCCUCGACGCCCACAUCCUCCACCACCAACACCGCUCUCCUGAGUUCCCUGUCGCCGCCGACAGACUCGAUCACCUGCAGGGCCUGGCCGGCCGUCACGCCACGACAUACCAACUCGUUGCAAUUGAGUCUGCUGGCCAGCUGGCAGGCGAGCUGGCAGCCAAGGCGGCUAGACAGCGUCAGCUUGCCGAAAACAACGGGGAAGCGGUUGGGCAGAUUUGCCUGAACGGAAGAGAAGCGGCCCCCUUAGAUUUGGUGUUCUUUGGUGUUGUUUGGCGCUUACGAGAAUGGAUGCAUCGCACUCCUGUGCAUCGGCCGGCGGCAACAGCACAUCAGCAUUGCACACCGUCACACGCACCACAAAGCUCUUGAAUGACAGCCGGGACACGAAGUCCUUGAAUGCCGCGUCAUAUACGGGCGGCUGGUCGAGGCUCGCCGGAGCAAUGGUCCAGUAGAGGUCGUUAGCGAGGGAAGCCGUCUUCUGUACGAACUCCAUGACGAAAGGGGUGGCGUAUGGGGAAUGGCGCUGCAUGGACGGCAGGAGGCUGCCAAGGUCGAUCUUCAGAGCGGGAGCAUUGA